UACACCGCAACCGUCCCGUGAGUUCUAAUACCAAAAGAAAAGAAGAAGAAUAAAUCCAUCGAACAAUUCCUUCCCUUACACACACGCGUAUAUAACUAUAUAAAUACAGACGAGACUUGCAAAAUACCAGCUCUUUCCAUUUCAUCAUUCAGAACCUCCAGAAGCUUUCAAGGAAGAUUUAGAUAUAAAAUUUUUUCCACCGAUCACAAACAUCUCCAGCUAUAUAGCUCAAGGCAAUAAUCAAAGAUUGAGGUAUUAGAAGCAAUUAAUUAAUAUCUAUUAAUUGAUCGAUUGAUGAUAUGGUGGAACUGGAGAAUCCGGAGGUGAUGCGGAGAGUGAUAAGUCUGGUGUCUGCGAUUCUGGAAAGGGUUUCGGAGACAAACGAUUUGAAUGGAAGGUUUGGUCCUCAGCGAAUAUCGGUGUUCCAUGGCCUAAUUAGACCUUCCAUUUCCAUUCAAAGCUAUCUGGACCGGAUUUUCACUUAUGCCAACUGCAGUCCUUCGUGUUUAAUCGUGGCCUACAUUUAUCUGGACCGCUUCUCCGAGAAGCAGCCAUUUUUCCCCAUCAGUUCCUUCAAUGUCCACCGCUUGAUCAUCACCAGUGUCAUGGUUUCUGCCAAGUUCAUGGAUGAUUUGUUUUACAACAAUGCAUUCUAUGCGAAAGUAGGGGGAAUCAGCACAAUGGAGAUGAAUAUGCUGGAGAUGGACUUCUUAUUUGGGUUGGGAUUUGAAUUAAACGUGACACCCACCACAUUCUACUCCUAUUGUUCCUGUAUUCAUAAAGAAAUUUGGCUCCAGCAUCCUCCUUUUCUCCCACCCACCUCAUCAAUUCACAACAACCUCGGACCUGAUCAGGAUCUCCAUUUUCGCACAUCUGAUGAUGAACCGGCUCAUCGGCAACAACAGUUAGUCGUUUGAUUAAUGACAAAAUUGUCAAAUUCAAGAUGUGUGGUUACCCGAUAUCAUGCAUUGUUGAUUGAGUUGAACUUAUUACUUACUAGUAGUAUUUUAUAUAUACCCGUAUGGACCAUAAAAUUGAAGAUCCAAGUUUUAGAUAUUGUAAUCUCAAAUUUCUGCUGUAAAAAUGACAUCUGCUUUUGUUGACUUACGUGGGGACCAUAUCGUGCAAUUGAUUUAGGCCGUCUGUUUUUCCUUUUUUUUCCUCUUCCCCUAUUUGUGUUGUGCUCAAUUGCCCAUAGAAUUUCUUCCCCCGGGGGUAAUGAAUAAUGAUGCUAUGGGCACCGUCUCUCUC